CAAUGGCGGUCCAAGUCGAGCCAGCUGCUAUCCAGGUCCCUGCUUCGGGAGGCAACGUCUCGCUUCAGCUGAUGAACGGCAACCCUGAGGUAGUAUUUAUUUUUUCUUCAAAUCAUCUUCUCUUUUCUCUCUCUCAAAUCAUUCUUAUAAUCAAAAUUGUUCUUUUUUCUUUUUUAAGGUCCGCUUCGCCUUCAAGCUCAAGUCCAGCAAUAACGAGCACUACCGAGUCAACCCCGUCUUCGGAUUCGCGGCGCCGCUGCCCAAGUCGAAGUGAUCCGCCAGAACGGCCCGCCAAAAGGUGA